GAAAAUCAUAUAAGUCAUACAGAGGACUUUUGUAUUUAAGAUGUAUUUCAGCCUUUCAGUUAUUCAUCCAAUGAGAGUUGGCGUUGUUUUGAAAGACCCGCCCACCGGAAGUGUUAGCAGUGUCACCGCUGAAGUGAUCUCAUCCAUGUUUACUAGGUUUAUGAACAUCUCGAGAAGUUUCUUCAGGUUCUUCGGCCUGUUUCAGUCGAAUCUCAUCUCAAUCACUGCCCCGCGAAGAAAACACAACUUCCUGAGAGCAGCCUUUAAAACAUCCUAUCAUUCAUCCUGUUUUUUUUCUCACUCUCCUUCCUCGAUGGAUUUAAAGACAGUUCUGGAAGUUCUAGAGCAGCUUGCUCCUCUGUCAUUGGCUGAAUCUUGGGAUAAUGUUGGUCUCUUGGUGGAACCGAGCAAACAGCGUCCGAUCAAGACGAUCCUGCUCACCAACGAUCUGACUGUUGACGUAAUGGAUGAAGCUGAUGCAACGACAUGUGACCUCAUCGUUUCGUACCACCCACCUCUUUUCAGUUCUUUUAAACGCCUUGUUCAGAAGGACUGGAAACAGCAGUUGGCCAUCAGAGCUAUAGAAAGCGGCAUAGCUGUCUUCUCACCUCAUACGUCAUGGGAUAGCAUGAGAGGAGGCCUUAAUGAUUGGUUGAUAGAAGGCGUAGGCAGUGGACAGGUGUCUGUGUUAAGACAGGCUCACUGUAGCGACUACCAAAAGCACAGACUGGAGUUUACAUCCAGAAAUGAAGAGGAGCUCAAUACUAUCAUGAAGCACAUAAAAAAGACAGAAAAUAGUGAAACCUUUCAGUACGACAUACUAAGGACUGAAGAAGAGGCACAGCAUGUGAUCCUAAACUGUUCCAGCUCAGAACUGACCACUGCUGUUCAGGCUAUAUUAGGCAAUGCCACAGCCGGCCAGUCUCUCAACAUCACACAGGUCCAGCAGCUCCCUUUACCAGGUUGUGGUCAGGGACGUCACGCCGUGCUGGACGACCCGAUAUCUACAGCUGCGGUACUCCAGAGAGUAAAGAAACACCUCGGGCUGCCUUACCUUAGACUGGCUCUAGGAAAUCACAAAUCAUUAGAUUCUGUGGUGAAGAGCGUAGCUGUGUGUGCUGGCUCAGGAGCGUCAGUCCUGCAUUGUGUGAAAGCAGACCUCUACAUCACCGGUGAAAUGUCCCAUCACGAGGUGCUGGAUGCUGUGUCUAAAGGCACGAGCGUGAUUCUGAGUGAGCACAGUAACAGCGAGAGAGGUUUUCUCCCUGUGUUUAAGGAGCGGCUCACCGCACGUCUCUCAGACUCUGUUCGCGUGAUCAUCUCCCAAAAAGACAAAGACCCGCUGCAGGUCGUGUGA